AUGUUGCACAGUGCUCCGACCUACCUGUGGCUCUGGCUCUGCCUCACCGCGAUCUGCAGCCUCUCUUUGGUAGCGGGCCACACGAAGACCUUAGAUGAAACCAAUGUCAGCAGCUGGAACAGCAGCUACAGUCACAGUCAUAGCACGCUGAGUCGCUCCAAGCGAGUGGCCAUAUUCGAUGGUCAAGGAGUAGUCAAGUUCGUGCCCAGCUUGGCUUAUCCCGUGAAGCAAGUGGAUAAGGAGCAAUCCUUCUGGUGGUUCUUCAACUUUCAGUGCCAAUGGAUACCCACAACAAUCCCACUCUACUGGUGGAGCUUCUGGAACACCACAGCCUUUGUGUCCACAGCGCGUGAGUGGCGCAAGGAUAUGCAAACGAAGCUGCUGCACGAUGAGGCGCGCGCUUGGGUGUACGAUGCCAUAGAAACGGGCAUGGAGCAAUUGGAUGCCAAAAACGGCGGCGCUUGCCUGCUGCGCAGCAUCUGUGAGAUCUCACAGCGGCCCUUUCAGAACAGCAACAUUUUCAGCGAGAUACUCAAUGCGGUGUUGGUCCCCACGCUGGACAAUGUCUCGGACAAAUAUCUGCACGCGCGGGAUGCAGGUCUCGCUGGUGCGGACUGUCGCAGAACCUACAGCGAGUGCAGUCCGUUACUCUGGACACUCGUCACGAACAUGGCCAAGAAUCCCUUCUAAAUAAAGUCUACAAAAAUCCCUGCUUAAGUUCGCAACUUUCCUUUAUUUAUUCCAUGUAAAAACCCACAGAUCCAGACCUUGCUCCGUUAAU